AUGCCCUUCUUACAGCCGCAAAAACAGCCUAAGCAGCGACGGAAAACCGAGGCCUAUCACCCUCUCCAAAUCCCCAGCCUCGCAUCACUCUUCGGCGGAGACCUCGCGGAACAGCCGAGGGCGACCCCAUCACAAACAUCGCCCAACACACUCACCAUGGGCCGUAAAUCACAGAGACCCGCCACAGGGUUGGAUACCAGGGACAUUGGGGCGAUGCUCCAGAAGCCCAAACAAACUCAGGCCGGAGACCAACCGGAAACAGAACCAGAACUGGACCGCCACGAGAUGGAGGUACCACAACACCCCCUGGAGGUAAGACCCGCACAAGCGGACCCUAUGGAUGAAUCAGCCCCAACAACUAGGGGAGACCUGAAGGUCCUAUUAGCUGAUAUCCACAAGCUCCUGGCUGCAGAUUUAGCUGUAUUUACAACACAGCUACAGGCCGUAACUGUAGCGUUACUCACCUUCUCCAGGGGCCGGCCGCGGUCCUCUCUUCAAGCCGCGCGCGGUCCUGCUGCUGCACGAGCCGCGAGCGGCUCAUCCGACGGCUCCACUAGCAAGGCGGGCAGUGACCGCGAGAAGCGGUCACGUGUCCCGCCUGAAUCUAAGAGCGCGCCGCGAGUCUCGGGCGCGCUCUUAAAGAGACAGUGGGAGCCUAAAUUGUCAAAAGGCUCCCAUUGGCCCCUGUCAUACCACACUCCCCAUACACUUACCUUUUGGGGGUGUGGAUAUGACAGGAGCCAAUCACAUUAGUUUUGGAGCUAUUUAAACUUACCUCUCCCUUUACUCCCUGCCCUAUCAUGGUUUCUGUAUCAGUUCCCUUUAGCGCUUGUUGUGUUCAGUUGUGUUUCUCCGUAUUGACCUUGGCUUUGUUUCUGACUACGUUUUCUCUUUAUCCUUCUGUUCUGGUUGUCGGCUUGCUGUUUACUGUGUACCAGACCCCGGCUUGUCCUAGUUUACGCUGUCUCUCUGUGCCCUUGAUUUCGGAUCGUUCCUGACUCUGUCUCCUCUCAUAUACGUCGAGUCCGGCCAUUCUAAGGUCCGGUAGACGUAUCUCUCCUCUGUGUUGUCUUCUGUUUAGCUGAAUCCUGCGUGUUGGGGUAUAUUCUCGUUACAGUAACAGAGAGAGUCAAGGCCACAGAGAGCGUUAUAGCAGACACACAAUCUGCCAUGCAAACCAUGCAGGACUCUAUCCACCAAUUACAAGCGCACCAGACUACCCUGAACGCAAAACUCAUAGUACUAGAGGAUAGACAACGCCGCGCAAACAUCAAAAUAAGGGGUAUCCCUACGGCAAUAUCCGCGGAGAAACUUCCCCACUACACCCGACGCCUCUUGACAUCUAUAUUACCUCCCACGCUAGCCCGCAAAAUCACAGUGGACAGUCUAUAUCGCAUCCCUAAUACAACCAACACUAAUACCAACCUGAACUGGGAUGUCAUCCUGCGCUUCCACUCAGUACAAGACAAAAUACAUGUCAUGACAGCUGUGAAGGGCAAAACCCCUCUUUCAUUUGAAAAUGACACCUUGAACUUCUUCCAAGACCUUACUAAGGCAACGUUGCUAUGGAGGAAAACCUAAGCACCGGUAACUUCCCAACUACGCACGGCAGGACUGCCAUACAGAUGGGGAACCGACAACUCUUUAACGGUCACCACAGAAGGAACUACGCAUGUCCUUCACACCAUGGCCGACGCAGCCUCUUUUCUGGGAAAAUUAGAAAAUUACCCAUUCCAACCGAUAAUCGUGCGCUUCCUGAGAGUGCCAGAGACCCGGCCACCAUCAUCCCCUUUGUCCCACGCACCAGAGGGACACCACCACCCGUACAGUGACAGCCCACACCGACACCUAUGGCUACACAAUCUAGCCCACAUUAGAAGGCUCUGGCCUCGAGCCACCUGGAGAGGACAUUGAUACACGAGGGAAACCUCGUACUCGGACGCAAUGCAGUUCCUAGAAUUAUCUAUUACCUUUACAGUUACUAUAAUUUAACUUUUUUUUUUUUUCUAUGCUUUCACACCCCUAUCCUGACUACGAGCAAACCACACCCCAGCCAACACACUGGACACAACACCAGAGAGUCAAUGGGGCCACAUCCCUCCUCCCCCCCCACCGCAACUCCGUUGGUUAGGGGUACCACGCAUAUCAGCUACCGCUGAAACAACUCAUGCGCACAGGCCACACUGACAAACCACAACCCAAACUGGGAACCAACACCAUUACAUAAGCUGACCCAUGUUACCUACUCAAACUCCAUGAAUCACACACACGACAAUGUUUCUCUUUGUUUCAAGACUCCUAUAUAUUUGUCUACAGAAUGUCUAACAUGUUAACCUUGUAUACAAUUGUUAAACGUUGAAGAAAAAAAAAAAUGUGCAUACUGCUAGACAUACCUAAGCUAUAUCGGACAUGCAUAAUUUACGAAUGUCUUUUGUCCUCUUGAUAUCUCUCAUGCACAUCAAAAAAAAAAAAGAAAAAGCAGAACCUGAAUGUUUUUAGAUGACCUAGUCAAAACCCAGGGUUCAGUACGAUUAAUAUCUUUGGCAAGACCUGAAAAUCGCUUUCCACACACUGGUCCAAUCCAAGCUGAUAGAGCUUGACAGAUUUCUAGCAGAUAAAUGGACACACUUUAAAUAUGAAAAAUUGGCAGAAACACAGAACACUCACAGCUGUAAUUGCUGUCAAAUAUGUUAUUACUGAUGAUUGACGAAGGGUGCUGAGUCUAAUUUAAGAAAAGAGCUUUUCGCCCCUCUUCAAUGUGAAGCCCUGUGGCAGUCUGCACAAAGCCACUGGAUCACCAAGGAGUAUAAUGUUCCCCUCCCUGGCCACAGGUAAAAAGCAGGGAGAUGUGAAGAAUAUCGGUACCAGUUAUCGGUUAUUGGCCCAAAAUUGGUACCAAUCGGUAUCAGCACUUGAUGAAUAAUAUAAUAGUUGAUCUCUAAUUGCACCCUUAAAGUGUUAAGUAUGGUGUAUAAAUCAAAUGGAAAAUGUCCCAAACAAAUGUACGUUAUAUUAUAUCCAGACUGUAACGCAACAAAAUGUGUAUUCAUUUAAGGGUGUGAAUACUUUUGCAUGGCAGGUUUAUAUAAUAGCAAACUGGAGUGAUUUCAGGUAUCUCCUUUGGUUUUUACCGGCGAAACGCGUUUUGGCUUUUAAAGUGGACUCAUUAUUUUUCCUGAACCACCAAUACUUGCAAUAAUUUGUUCUUAUCCAAUUUUUUAUUUUCUAGAAAAAUAUUUUUAUACUGUUUUUAUAUAUUGUAAUAAAUUCCCUUAUUUUAUACUAUCCACUGUAUCCAGCACCAGUGAUUCCAGGGAAGGGGCAGUGUCACCCCACAAACUGACACUAGGCCUAUACACUUAGAGCCAGUUACCAAAAGGCUCUAAAUAAGGUGAGCACUUCAAUUUGUUUUUUAUAAGAAAAUAUCAUAGAGGAUGCUACACUUAGUUGGAUAAUUCUGUGUCUUUCAUAUAUACGCUGGGGAGAGAAAAAAUACACACUCAACCUGGAGAGAGGGGUCGUGUGGUCUACCCUUAAAGACACAGAUGCACCUAAGUUUAGAGCCUAAUUCACUUGAAAAGGCUCUAAAAAAUGUGAGUGGAGAUAUAUAUGUUACCCACUAAAUACUUCACUAAAGUAAUAGAUAUACUGCACAAUUAUCUGUAUAUAUUUCUGUUUUCUUUUGUAUAUGUAUUACAUUGGAGAAUAUAAAGGAUAAUUGCCUUUGAAUCACAGGUAAUUCACUGUGUUUUCACACAUUACACAGCGCUGCACUCAUAAAGAUAGAAGACCUGAGGGGUGGAAACACCCAUCAGAUCUGAAAUCUUUCUCGUCUUUUGGUGUUUAUCUCCUUUGGGAUUCGUUAAAAAGAACAUUAACCUUGAUACUAACCAUGAACUUGACGUAAGUAGCUAUGUAUAAAGUAAAGUAAGGGUAUGUCGUUUCUAUCUGCUCUAUCAAUGGAAUUGAGCAUAGUUUAUUGCUUCUUAGUAAUUGAUGUGUUAGGAAUAAAAUUGAGGACCUGCACUUAGACAUGUUGCAUUGUGCCUCUUCAGUGAAGAUUGCCAUAAUCUAUAACAGUGGCCUGCUUAAACAAAGAAAAGUCACACCAGGUGCUUCGUUACUGAUUCCAUGUGCAGUAUUCACAUUUUUUAAACCUUUAGAGCCAGUUCCAGGUGGUAGCACUUUAAGCAGGGGUGACCUCAAGUAAGAUAUCCCUGUAAAAAGCCUACCCAAGAUUGAAAAUAUAACCUGUUUCUACAUUCAGAAUGCCUUAAAGUAGAAUUAGAGUGAAUCCAUCUAAGGAAAGCUCCUUUCAGGUCUUGCUGGUCCAGCUGACAGAUGGAUGGGAUGACAUUAUCUAGGUUCUCCAAAUAAUAUCGUGCAAGAUUUCCAGGUUUUUUAAUCAGCAAAGCAUCCCCAGAACAUCACACUCACCUCACCAUGAUCAAUGGUUAGAAUAACAGUAAUUUCUAAGCAUAACAUUUCCCAUCAAAGCCUAAAACGUUCUUGUGACUCAGAUGUCCAAGCAGCUUUUUUGUAUAGAACGUUUGUGGAUCAUUCAUGUGAACAUGAGAUGGUCAGUGAUGUCUUUAUUAGAAAGUAAUGGUUUUUGUUAUGGAAGAGUGAAUUGAUCACCAGUUGUCCUUCCCAAUGAUAGUCAGUGUAACAAACUACCCUGAAACCCUAUGAUUCUCCUAAGCCCAAGUUAUAUUUCCCUUUAUUCGGUACUUUUGUCUACCGAACGAAGACCACCCCCUGGCUCAUUAUCUUUAAAGUAACCACAAGGUUAAGUGCUCUCUCUGGGUGGCUGCCAUUUGUAUAAGCGAAGGACACGUGCGCUGGAAAACGUCCACCACCUUGUCUCCAGAACAGGCUGCGGUACUUGGUCGUCGAGUGUCUGGAACUUCAAGCCGGACACUAUACCUCGCGAACACCAGUGGAUUUGUACUGCCGCCUGCCUCUGUUCCUGACAAGCCAGGAGAGCAUUGUUCAGUGGAAAGGUACACUUGAACAAGAUGAACAAUCGCUACAUAUGAGCCAGGCGAACCAUUCGGUAUUUUGUUCGAUUAGGAACUUGCAAAACCGACCGACCGCUACCACUAUUCUUCUGAAACUAAUUUGGGUAGACCCCACGUGUGUGGUCAGUCAAAACUUUACCCCGGUGGUGAUUCGGCUGUAUUCGUGGGAUCUGAGCGCUAUUGGACACUUUGGGCGCUCAGAUCCGUAUAGCCCUACUCCUACCCCAAACCUAACCCUAACCGUUGUAGGGUUGGGGUUAGGGGUUAGUUUAAUUCCAGAAGUCCUGAAUUUUGGAAGUGCCGAACCGAAUUUUCUGCCCAUGCACAUGCCUAUUGUGUAUGUUUUGGGGUGCUUUAUGUUUUAUUAUCUGUACCUUUAGUACUUGGGAGAUAAUUAGUUUAAGCAAAGUACACUCAUUUAUCUCCCAGACACAGAGCUUGUUUUACCUAUGUUUCUGCUGGAUACCCCAUACUAGGGGUCCGUGUAUAAAAUUGGGCCAUCUGACCAUAAUAAAACAUUCCUGUUGUACCCUUUAUCAAGUCUUGUCUGAUGUUUGGGUAUACGAACGACAAAGCGCUUUAUUUCUCACGGAUUUUGUGAGAGUGCAAACGAACUUACUAUACGAAGUACAAGGGGUUUGUUAUAGUCGGCAUCCCACAUUUGCUCUGCAUGCAAGCAGCUGUAUGGAACUGCACACCCAGACAUAUACAACUACAAUGAAAAGAUCCAUAUUAGUAUUUUAAAAAUAAUGAGUGGGUGAGCCUCCCAGCUGAUUUUCUCAUUCAAUAAACAAUGCUGGUAGGCUACUGCAGAGGUAUCAUGUUCUGCUUUAGCAUAGCUUGCAGACUAGAAGGGCCAAGGAUGGCUGUCAGAGCCAGGUAAGUGUUAAACCGUUCAUAAACACUCAGAUUACCCAUGGGACUAUUGGCACCAUAAAAACAUACUUUAGUGGUUAUGGUGGUUGAGUGUUCUUUAAGGUGUGAGAAUGUAUAAUCUCUAGAGGAUGAAGUUAAAUAAGGUGAUGGAACAUUGACACAUUUCUUUAAAUGAUUUAACUCUCAUAUCAUAAAAAAAAAUCUUAAUUAUUUUAGAAUAAUCUAAGCCUUCUCUUAUGUUUAAUUUUAGGGCCAGAACAUGCCUAAGUGCAUUGUCAAAGAUUGCCCUCAUAAAACUGGAAGGAAGCCCGAAUGCCGUACUGUUGUCCUUCAUGCAUUCCCAAAUAAUCUUGAAAAAAUAAAACAGUGGCUGUUGCAGACCAGACAAGACUUUGGAGACCUCGAAACAUUUGCCAUUGAGGUCCUUGAAGGGAAAAAGAUUGAAAAGCAUUGCUUAUGCUCAGAGCAUUUCAUAAGUGACUGCUACAUUUACCAAGGCAGCAAAGUCGUCCUCAGCCAUGACGCUAUACCCACCAUAUUCCCUGGGAAAGGAAAAAGUGGCACCACAGAAGAAUGUGAGGUUGGACCUCAAGAUAAAAGAUACAGAAGUGGCACCCCAGAAGAAUGCUCGAUAUUCAUAGAUGCUUUAGGAAUACCAUCACACACUGGACGUGAAGAUGCAGGCACACAGACAGAUCCUCAUUUUGGACAUAAAGAUGUUGGAACAAAGACCAGUGCUACGCUUGGAAAAAAGCAUGCAAGCACACAAAUGAAAGGGAUUUAA